AUGAAGGGAGUGAUUCCCAGAAGGAAACUAGAGAAGCUGCCAAGUAGGAUUGCUCCAGAAAUUGUAGACCCCACCACCGAGGCACCAACAGAAACUCCAUGUGACGAAAACGCCCUCGGCGCUGCAGAAGGAGGAAAAUUGUCAAGCGUGAAUUUCACAGCCUCCUCGUUUUACAGUGAGUUGGAACCCUCUAAAGGCCGAUUGAAUGGACCGCUGGCCUGGUGUUCCCUUGGAGAUACUGCUGGCGAAGAAUACCUACAAAUUCAUGUACCGGAAGCGGAAUCAAUUUGUGCUAUUGCCAUCCAAGGGAAUGGCUACAGCGAAGGUGACGAAUAUGUUACAGAGUUUCAUGUGAAGCACUCUGAGGAUGGCAGUCUGUGGAAAGAAAUAGAGGACGGGCCUGGAAAAAUAAAGGUGUUCGAGGGCAACAAGGACUCUAAGUCAAUUUCCAAGCAAGUAUUACCAGUUCCUGUAGAAGCUACAUACGUUCGUAUCUUCCCAUUGCAAUAUGAGGGAUGGAUGUGUAUGAGAGUUGAAUUGUAUGGAAGAGAAAACUCUCCCCGAGCGCCGUUCCCAGCAGUCGCAGAAGCUGAAAGUUCCACUGUGACUCCACCCCUACCUACAACAGAGGUCAAAAGAAAAGGCAUGGACGUAGGAAUUUUGAUUGACAGUUCCUCUGGUGUAACCGCUGACGAGUUCGAGCGCCUAAAAUCUUUUAUCUCACGGUUGGUCAUCUCGAUCAACAAGCAAUUCAGCAACGUUCAUUUUGGAAUCAUCGUCUACAGCGACAAACCUGAUCUUGUCAUGUCCCUGCAGAAUGUAGAUCGAAUCAAAGUAAAAUCGAUUAUCGAGGGCCUGAAAUAUACCCCUGGGGGACACCGUACCGAUCUAGCCAUGUUGUACGCCUCGCAGAAGCUGUUCUGUCCCAAGGGAUGCGUGGAUCGCCCGGAGGUGGAGAAUGUGUUGAUAGUUUUCACAUCAGAGAAAACUGAUGCCGAAUCUCUUCCGUACAGUUUGGUAUCUCCUAUAAUGAAGAGGCACUCAGAGUUUCCAGGUCUUUCUGUUGAAUCAGAAGAUAGCAUUCAAUAUUAUGAAUUCAACAGCUUUGAACAGUUUUGCAUCAAUUACUGCAAUGAGAAACUCCAACAGCUUUUUAAUGAUAGGAUUCUUAAACAAGAGCAAGAGCUCUAUGACAAGGAAGGUCUGGGAGUCAAAACUGUUACAUAUGUUGACAAUCAAGACUGCAUUGAUCUGAUUGAAGCCAAAAAGACAGGAAUCAUAGACAUUCUGGAUGAAGAGAGCAAACUCCCUAAACCAACAGCAGAACACUUCACUCGGGAACUUCACCAGAAACACAAGAACCACUUCAGAUUGGCGGUAGGUAUUUACUUCUGCAACUCCAUACAUGAGAAUGUCCUAAUCUUACCUUACCUUACCUUAUUCCCUGUCUCAGCAACAUCUGAUCUGCACAUUUUACAUGUGCAGCUAAUUGAGUUAACUUAUAUUUUCUGUCAACAGACACAGCUGAAUCAACUGAUGGAAAAACUCGGCAACACUGGUGCAAGUUUCAUUCGAUGCAUCAAGCCGAACGGAAAGAUGUGUGCUCGGGAUUUUGAAGGCGGCUCCAUCUUGAGUCAGUUGGAAUGCGCGGGCAUGGUGUCUGUUUUGAAAUUGAUGCAGGAUGGCUGGCCAUCCAGGGCACCAUUCAAAGAUCUCUAUCAAAUGUACAAAGACUAUUUACCUCCUCGACUUGCACGACUCGAUCCAAGAAUGUUUUGCAAGGCGCUGUUUCACGCCCUUGGUAUGGAUGAAAAAGAUUACAAGUUUGGUCUUUCCAAGAUCUUUUUCCGGCCUGGCAAGUUUGCAGAGUUUGAUGAGAUCAUGCAUUCUGACCCUGAGAGCCUGAAAAACAUCAUUUCGAAAGUUCUUACCUGGUUGAUCAGAACACGGUGGAGACGAGCCAUCUGGGGAACACUGUCCGUCAUUAAAUGUAAGAGUGGAUCACUACAAGUUCUUAUUUUCUUAUAUNAAGAACAAAUGGAACUGGAGAGAAAGAGAAGAGAAGAAGAGGAACGGAAGAGAAAGCAAGAAGAAGAGGACAGAAAAUUGAGAAUGGAAAUGGAGGCGAGACGGAAACUGGAAGAGGAAGAACAGCUCAAACGGGAAGAAGAAGAAAGAAAGAGAAGAGAACGAGAAGAGGCUGACAGACAGGUCCAGGCUUUAAAGGCUAAAGAAGAGCAAGCUGCGAGAGAAGAGGAACAGCGAAGACUAGCCAUGACUGAACAGGAGCGCAGGGACCGGGAACUAGCCUUAAGACUUGCACAGGACCCUGAUGCUGUGGACACAGAAGCGGCGCAACAGGUCCCCCAGUCACCAAUUCAGAGAGCGACACCAAACCGAGAGAAAAAGAAGCACGACUUAACGUCGUGGAAAUACGCGGAGUUACGUGACACUAUUAACACUUCAUGCGAUAUUGAGCUUUUGGAAGCUUGCCGACAGGAAUUCCAUCGCCGACUCAAGGUAUACCACCAGUGGAAGAAACAGAACAAGGGCCGAGUGACAGACCCUCAGGGAGCCCCUCAAAGGGCACCUCAAGACAUCGUGCAAGCAGCGGAAAACGCCCCACCCCUUCCACCCCGACCCAGUCGCCAGGAACAGACUGCCACCCCAUCCCUCCCCCCACGCAGGCCUCAGAGGUAUUUCCGUGUGCCGUUCAUGCGCCGUUCAAAUCAGUAUCGAGACACCGACUUCAAGAAGCAGGGCUUGUGGUAUGCACACUUUGAUGGACAAUGGAUCGCGCGCCAAAUGGAGCUGCACCCAGGACAGCCUGCCCUGCUGUUGGUGGCUGGCGAGGACGACCUGGACAUGUGCGAGCUGAGUCUUGACGAGACAAGACUGAGCAUGCGUCAGGGAGCUGAAAUCACUCUCAGAGAUUUUGAAAUAGAGUGGCAGAGAAAUGGAGGAGCUCCCAGACAGUACCAAGCCAAAAUGUACCAGCAACAGUUUUCAAAUCAAUGAGAAGAACAAUGCCGGCCAAAUGUAUGGAGUAAAGAAGGGUUAGGGAAGGAAACAUGACAUCAUUUAGCUGCUAAAGAAUUCGUUAGUCUUUUAAUCUCAUAUGAAUUGUUCGUACCACGAUGUUUAUACCUCCAUUACAGAGUCACCUCUUGCCUGUAAUUCAAGCAAUGCCUGGUGUUUAACCUCGAUUGAGUUCGAUCUGCAUGAAAAUAACGAUACAUUAAAAUUCCUUUUGGUUUGAGAGGUUUUUCACUAGACUUUGUUUUAAGACAAAGGCGACCGCGGAAUGGUCAGUUGCGUUUGUUGUAGUCAUAGGAUGCUCAUUAAAUCAAUCAUUUGUGCAAUACUUUUGUUUUAAAGUACACGGUUCGGAUAAAUGAGGUGGGGGCAUGUUGCUUGGAUAAAACUAUAGUAACGUUGAAAAUGACAGUUAAGAUAAUUUUUAAAAUGUACCGUGUUGUAAUAUAUUUCAGCUCGGUAAAAGUCGACUUUAGCCAGUUGUUGGUGAAGCGGGCGGAACAAAAAGCGGAAAAUAAAACAUAAAGAAAAUAAACGCGUCAAGUAACCCAAGAGGGAGUUUAAUGCCUGGUGCAGUCCUUCUUUUCUCUGGUUCAUAGUCUAGAGCCUGGAACUGCCUAACUCGAAUGUAGUGUUAGUAUUAGUUUUCUAAUUUAGUCAGAGACGCAUAAAUUGACGGGCAAGGUAGGGCAGUUCACUGGAAGAUUUGAACGAAAAUGUCAUCUAACCGCACCGCCAGAAUUCCUUUUGGUUUCUUCUUUCAAUUAGAUUUCCAAAACCCAUUGAUUCAAAUGUAAAAGUAUUAGCAUAAUAAAAGUCAUCCUUUAAAAAGGAUACUGGUCAUUUUGGUCAAACAAUACGGCCGUGCCUACCACGCACUAGGAUUUAAUGCAUCGGUUUUUUCGUAUUUGUUUGGACAAAUAAUGUAAAGGAAAAUCAAACAUCUGAAACACUAGACUUGUGAAAUUGGAAUAAACUAACGGGUUAAUUAUCAUCUCCUGUCAAAGAGGCUCUAAGCGUGUUUCAGUCUUACGAAUCCAAAUCAUGCUCUUUGAGGUGACUCAGUCACGCUCAGUCACGCCAAUUUAAGUGAUUCUGUCACGCCGGGUCAUGCUUUAUCGUUCUAGGUCACGAAAUUUUUCAUUCACACUAUUUCACUUCAAUUUAUCAUGACGCCAUGUCACACUAGUUCAUUAAUAGGUCACGCUAUUUCAGGUAAUUUCGCCACUACAAAUCGCGCUAUUUGAGGUGGUUCUUUGGCAUGUAAACUAAUUUCCAAAUUCCAUCGAGCGGACUAAAAUUGGACAAAUCACUUUCGAGUCAUCCAAAGGGCCAUCAUUUCAUUAACGAAAUUAUCUUGGACAUUUGAUGACUAAUUGAAUUUUCUCCUUUACAAUUAGAGAUAGGCGUGACACUAAAAAUGUGAAUUGCUACCAUUGA